UACAAGGUGUCCCGAAAAUAUAAUACCAUAGAGUCUCACAGUCUGUGAUAUCUUUUAAUUAUAAACUUUAUGUUAUUAGUAUCUCUUUCUUUGUUAAAAAUGUGAUAUCUCUUUGAUAGUUAAUCUAUUCAUCCCAAUGCCCAAUUGCAAUUUUCGGAACAUCGAGUAUAAAAAAAGUGGCUCAAAGGCUAAACACAAGUUGUAUGCGACCAUGCGCGCGACUCUGUCGGAUGGUUCAUCAGUCGGCAGGCAUAAGCGGCUGACACGCGCUUUGUAGAUCCCCGGUAGGGGUGGGGAAAAAGCAGCCGGACAAGAUCAGUAGCGCGAAUAUCGAUUCAGUCUCGCGCAAACCACCCCCAUGUGUUGCCUGCAGCGCGCUUGUACUUCGCUUUACUAUCAUGUCCGUUGUAAUAAACAGAAACGCACGACGACGCGGAUGAUAUUGUCAAUGCAAAGUGGCCCGACGUCGUCAUUAAAAACACGUUAACGGAUGAAAUCGAGAUUGCUAUCAUCAUUAUCGAUGACGACGCUGUGCAUCACAUAUAUUUCGUGAAUGUUAGGAUUAUACCGCGCCGAUUGUGGAUUAUUGAUUCAGAGGGUGACGCGUGUUUAUUUUUCUUUAUUUUUUCUAAAAUUCAGAGAGAGAAUCAUUACGCGCGACGACGCGCACUAAGAAAGAGGAGCAAGCGCGCGCUCUCAUCAUCUCCGUUUGAUCAUCCCCUUGAAAGCGCGUCGCGCGAACAGGAAGCGCCGCCGGCGCGCAGCAUUAUUAUUCGCAAGGAAAGCUCAUUCUCUGUCUACGUUCGACCAUCACCAUCAAGCCGUCAAAUAUGAUGCGAUCUCGUUAUUCGCAAACCGAGCUGUGCUACUCUUGACUACGAAUCACGGGCGUCAAGGAACAAUUGUGGGACGGGACGAGAGCUGACGAGUACUCCAUCGAGGAAUCAUGUCUUCGAUAUCAGCGCAGGGUGUCGUCGAACGUGCCAGCGCCGAACUGACCAAGCGAAUUAACGGCCUGGGAUUGCGAACGUCGAAGCAUCAUGGUCGGUGGGAGCGGAAAGACCAGCGUGAUGGAACGCGUGACAAACGUUUUUUGUGGUGGAAGCGGCAGUGUCGCUUACAUGAACUUACAAAGCGCGAAUAACGCGAACACGACGCCCGAAAAGCCCAGCCGAAGCAUCGCGCAGAGUAUCAACAAUGUAUCGGCGGGCAACAAUAAGGAACGCUUGAGUAAUGUCACCCCGAGCAGAGCCAGGUUAAUACCCAGGAACAGAAUAAAGAUGACCGUCCCGUUAGCUAGCGGAGGAACCGGCGGCUACGUGCCACCAAUCACAUGGGAGCAGCUGAUGCAGGAUGACAAUUUCCUCGGGCGGUUUUUUCUCUAUUUCACCGCCACAGAAAGAAGAAUUUUGGCUCAAGUUUGCACGAGAUGGAGAGAUAUUCUGUACGCGAGACCGCGUCUUUGGACGGGUCUAGUACCAGUGAUACGAUGCCGCGAAGCUCGCGCUAUGCAGCCGACCUCACGUACCCGAUUAUAUGCUUCCUUAAUAAGAAGAGGUUUUGAUUCCUUGGUCCUCCUAGCUGCGACCGAUGAAGAUAUUCCGGAAUUAACGCGCGGUUUCCCAUUAGCACAACGAUAUGUGCAUUCUUUGUCAUUACGAUGCUGCGCAGUAACGGACAGAGGUCUUGAGGCUCUUUUGGAUCACUUACAGGCUUUGUACGAACUUGAAUUAACCGGCUGCAAUGAAAUAACGGAGGCUGGACUAUGGGCAUGUCUUACUCCUAGAAUAGUAUCAUUGUCUUUGUCAGAUUGCAUCAAUGUGGCCGAUGAGGCCGUCGGCGCCGUGGCUCAGUUACUGCCAAGCCUCUACGAAUUUUCUCUGCAAGCUUAUCAUGUUACUGAUGCUGCGCUUGGUUACUUCAGUGCAAAACAAAGCAGCGCACUCAGUAUCUUGAAACUGCAAUCCUGCUGGGAGCUCACAAAUCACGGCGUAGUAAAUAUUGUACAUUCCUUACCCAAUCUGACUGUGCUGUCACUUUCUGGAUGCAGUAAGGUGACAGAUGACGGUGUCGAAUUAAUUGCGGAAAACUUGCCAAGACUUCGUUCCUUAGAUUUGAGCUGGUGCUCAAGGAUUACAGAUGCAGCCUUAGAAUACAUUGCCUGUGAUUUGAAUAAUUUAGAAGAACUCACAUUAGAUAGGUGUGUACACAUCACGGAUAUUGGUGUGGGUUACAUCUCCACAAUGGUCUCGCUGAGUGCUUUGUUUUUAAGAUGGUGUUCGCAACUUAGAGAUUUCGGACUUCAACAUUUAUGCGUUAUGAGAUCUCUGCAAGUGUUGUCUGUGGCAGGUUGCCCAUUGCUCACAAGUAGCGGUUUAUCCAGUCUAAUACAGCUUCGACAUUUACAUGAGUUAGAACUAACUAAUUGUCCAGGAACAUCGCGAGAAUUGUUUGAUUACCUACGUGAACAUCUACCGCGUUGCCUAAUCAUCGAAUAA